AUGAUUCAACCAGAUCAGGUCGUCGAGGCCUUCAAGAAGCACACUCCUGCGCUUUCUUCCCUCCUCCCAACCUCCACCUCCGUGGCACCAAUUCCAACCGUGGUACCAAACAAGCCUCACUAUGAGAGUGUUGGAUCUACCGGAACCAAGACUCUAUGGGUCGUCUGGGUUAUCAUGCUGUUGUCCACCUUGACAUUUGCAUUCAUGGCAUUCAGAGUUCCAGUCCAAAAACGUCUCUUCCAUGUCAUCACUGCUUUCGUCACCCUCUUCGCGACCAUCUCUUACUUCGCCAUGGCCACCGGUGAUGGAAACUCAUACGCCGAGAUUGUCAUCAAGGAGACCCACAAGCACACCCCAGAUACCAUCGAGUAUGUCUACAGACAAGUCUUCUGGGCUCGUUACGUCGACUGGAGUGUAACCACUCCUCUCCUCCUCCUCGAUCUUGCUUUCCUCGCUGGAAUGUCCGGUGCCAACAUCCUUGUUGCCAUCGUUGCUGAUAUCCUUAUGGUCCUCCUUGGUCUCUUUGCCGCUUUCGGUAAGACUGAUGGACAGAAAUGGGGAUACUACGCCAUGGCCUGUGCUGCCAUGCUUGUCAUCUUCUACCAACUUGUCGUCCCAGGCCGAAAGGCUGUCAACGCCAAGGAUGGUUCCACCGCCAAGCUCUUCACCAGCGUUGGACUCUUCACCAUUGUCCUCUGGACCUUGUACCCAGUCGUCUGGGGUAUCGGAGAUGGAUCCCGACACUUGUCUGUUGAUGCUGAGAUCAUCUGCUACGCCAUCCUUGAUGUCCUUGCCAAGCCAGUCUUCGGUUUCUGGCUCCUCUUUGCUCACCGAUCUGCUCCAUCAGUUGAGGGAUGGUGGGCCAAUGGUCUUGGGUCUGAGGGAUCCGUUCGUCUUGAUGAUGACGGAGCUUAA